CAUACCACAAAUGGACCAUGCUACAAAUGGACCAUACUACACGCUUUAGACCGGAUAUAGAACAGCUGGACCAUUGCACACGCGUUAGACCGGAUAUAGAAUUCCCAGAUUUUGCCCAACCCAGAAACGAGAGAACUCACCCAUCCUGCGUUAGAAGUUCAGAACAAGAAAGUGUAGGCUAUAUAGAAAUGACUCUCGUUAAAAAAAAAUGUUGUUGUUGUUAAACUUAACAAUAAGUAUUUAUAUCAGCCUAAUCGAGGUGUAGAUUACAUCACGGACGACAGUGUUUGAACUUGAAAAACGGAUUGCGUGGGAUUUAUAUAAAUGCAACUCUGCACAUCCAAUGACAAUGCCGGCGAUAGGUAUAACAUGUGGAGACGCUUGUUGAUUUGACAGCUACAAAGCAGCUACACCUCUGACACCGCCUAAACACCGAGGUUACCGCGGAUCCAAUUCAAUCCUGGCAGGAAUGGAGAAGAGGGGUCAGUGCUCUAAAAUGAGUCACUCGGGGGAACUUGACACGGAAGCUAACAGUGGAUGGUCUCCUCUGUCAGAGGAUCAGUCCAGGUGUGCAGUGUGUGAGCAGGUGCUGACAGAUCCGGUCUCUAUCACCUGUGGACACAGGUUCUGCAGACGGUGCAUCACCAGACACUGGGAGCAGCCUGCUCCGUCAGGACACUAUGGCUGUCCUCGGUGUAGAAAGAGGUUCAGGACACGUCCAGUUCUACUGCAACGGGCUGAACCCAACGAUGAAGCGAGAGGCUCUGAAAACAUGGAUGUCAGCCUGCAGAGAGCUAUAGUAAACCACAAAGACAGUCUGAAGAGGAGGUAUGAAUGUGUGAUAGAAGGCCUGGUAAAAGCAGGGAGUCAAACCUCCCUCAACAGGAUUUACACAGAGCUGUACAUCACAGAGGGAGAGAGUGAAGGGCUUAACGAUGAACAUGAGAUGUGGCAGCUAGAGACGGCAUGCAGGACACCGACCUCGCGUGACACGGCAAUCCACUGCAAUGACCUCUUUAAACCCUUAGCUGGCCAGGAGAGAAGCAUCAGAACUGUGCUGACGAAGGGCAUCGCUGGCAUCGGAAAAACAGUCUCUGUGCAGACGUUCAUCCUCGACUGGGCUGAAGGGAAGGCAAACCAAGAUGUGGAGAUCAUAUUUGUGCUUCCUUUCCGGGAGCUGAACUUGGUCAAAGAUCUCCAGUACAGUCUUCUGAGACUUCUCCAUGACUUCCACCCAGAACUAGAUAUAGUCAAUGCAGAGAAACUCGCUGCCUGUAAAGCUAUGUUCAUCUUGGAUGGGUUGGAUGAAAGCAGAAUUCCAUUGGAUUUUCAGUGCAACAAAAUGAUGUCUGAUGUCACACAGACAUCGUCUGUAGAUGUUCUGCUGACAAACCUCAUCAGGGGGAAUCUGCUUCCCUCGGCUCUCCUCUGGAUAACCUCCCGACCAGCAGCAACCAAUCAGAUCCCCUCUGAGUGUGUCGACCAGGUGACAGAGGUACGAGGGUUCAACGACCAACAGAAGGAGGAGUACUUCAGGAAAAGAUUCCGUGAUGAUGAGGACCUGGCCAACAGAAUCAUCUUCCACAUAAAGACAUCAAGGAGCCUCCACGUCAUGUGUCACAUGCCAGUUUUCUGUUGGAUUUCUGCAACCGUCCUUGAACACAUGUCGAGGACAGACGAGAGACGAGAGAUGCCCAAGACUCUGACUGAGACGUUCACACACUUCGUGCUCAUUCACACCAGCCCGAAGAACCAGAAGUGUCCUGGAAAAGACGAAAUGGAUCAACAGGAGCUCCUGGAGUCUGAUAAGGAAGCUCUUCUGAAGCUGGGGAAGCUGGCGUUUGAACAUCUGGAGAAGGGAAAUCUCGUGUUCUAUGAAGAAGACCUGAAAGAGUGUGGCAUUGAUGUCAAAGAAGCCUCGGUGUACUCGGGCGUGUGCACACAAGUCUUUAAAGAAGAGUCUGUGUUGUUUCAGAGAGUGGUGUACUGCUUUGUUCAUCUGAGCGUUCAGGAGUUUCUCUCCGCUGUCUACGUGUACCAUUGUUACACAACCAAGAACAUGGAUGAACUGAAGCCUUUCCUCCAGGCGACUAGAGUCACGUCUGAAGAGAUAACCUUACAUGAGCUGCUGAAGAGUACCGCGAAUAAAGCCUUGGAGAGUAAGACUGGACACCUGGACCUUGUCGUCCGCUUCCUUCAUGGCAUGUCACUGGCAGCCAAUCAGAAACUCCUACGAGGUCUGGUGACACAGACAGAAAGCAGUCCAGAGAGCGUCAAGAAAACAAUCCGUUCCCUGAAGAUGAUGCAGAAUGCCGACAUGUCCCCCGAGAGGUGCAUCAAUCUCUUCCACUGUCUGAUAGAGAUGAAAACCCAUUCGGUACAGCAGGAAAUCGAGAAAUACACGAGGUCAGAGAAAAGAUCCAAAAACCUGCCUCUUACGUACUGUUCAGCGUUGGCCUACAUGCUGCAGAUAUCAGACGAGGUUCUGGAGGCGUUUGACCUGAAGAAAUACAAGACCUCGCAGGAGGGUCGUAGGAGACUGCUCCCAGCUGUGAGAGUCUGCAGGAAGGCUCUACUUGCUGACUGUCAACUCAUAGAAGCAUCGUGUGAACUGUUGGUCUCUGCUCUCAGCUCAAACCCCUCAAACCUGAGAGAGCUGGACAUGAGUAACAAUGACCUGAACGAUUCAGGAGUGAAGCUACUCUCUGCUGGACUGGGGAAUCCCCACUGUAAACUGGAGACUCUGAAGCUAUCAGGCUGUGGAGUUACAGAAGAAGGCUGUGCUGCCCUGGUCUCAGCUCUGAGGUCAAACCCCAACCACCUGAGAGAGCUGGACCUGAGUGACAAUCAUCUAGGAGACUCAAUGGUGCAACAUGUCUCUCCUGGAUUAGAAGAUUCAUUCUGGAGACUGGAGAUCCUAAGUCUCUCUGGCUGUAAACUCACGGAAGCAUCUUGUGAAGUGUUGGCCUCGGCUCUCAGUUCCUCCUCACACCUGAGAGAGCUGGAUCUGAGUAACAAUGACCUGCUGGAUUCAGGAGUGAAGCUGCUCUUUGCUGGACGGGGGGAUUCACCAUGUAAACUGGAGAUUCUGAGUCUCUCUGGCUGUAAACUCACGGAAGCAUCUUGUGAAGUGUUGGCCUCGGCUCUCAGUUCCUCCUCACACCUGAGAGAGCUGGAUCUGAGUAACAAUGACCUGCUGGAUUCAGGAGUGAAGCUGCUCUUUGCUGGACGGGGGGAUUCACCAUGUAAACUGGAGAUUCUGAGGUUGGCAUUCUGUGAAGUCACAGAGGAGGGCUGUGCUUCUCUGGUCUCAGCUCUGAAGUCAAACCCUUCACACCUGAGAGAGCUGGAUCUGAGCUACAAUCACCCAGGAGACUCGGGAGUCAGACUGCUCUCUGCUGGACUGGAGGAUCCACACUGCAGACUGGAGAAACUCAAUGUGGAACAUGGAGGACAGUACACAAUAAAACAUGGGCUUAGAAAAUAUGGCUGUGUGCUCUCACUGGACCCGAACACAGCAAGCAGAAACCUCUCUCUGUCUGAGGAGAACAGAACGGUGACAUGGAGGACAGAGGAGCAGCCGUAUCCGGAUCACCCGGAGAGAUUUCAGGAUUUCGACCAGGUGCUGUGUACAGAGGGUCUGUCAGGGCGCUGUUACUGGGAGGUAGAGUGGAGUGGGAGAGGAGCUCAUAUCGGUGUGACAUAUAAAGGAAUCAAUCGGUCAGGAAGGGGUGAUGAUAGUGGGCUUGGACCUAGUGACAAAGCCUGGUGUCUGGUCUGUUGUGAUGACCGUUACAUGGCCUGGAUCAAUAGUAAGCUCACUACCAUACCUUCCCCCUCCUCCCCCCCGUCCAACAGAGUAGGACUGUAUCUGGACUGGCCAGCCGGCACGAUGUCUUUCUACAAGGUCUGUUCUGAUACACUGACUCACCUGCACACGUUCUACACCACAUUUACCGAGCCCCUCUACCCAGGGCUGUUUGUUUGGUGUCACUCCUCAGUGUCCCUGUGUCAGGUGGUGGCCCCUGUGUCAAAAACACAACGUGAUGUUUCCCUCUAAUCGCGGUCCUGUUCGGUAGUAAGGAGACGCCGUGUAAUCACAGCACCCGGGCCUUAUUGCUUAAUUAGAAAACGGCUCCCUGGGAAAUCUGCGAUUUGACUGGUUUAAAUGGCGUGUUAAGUCAUUGAUAAUUCCCCUAUUCCCACACAUCAUUUAGAUGUAGUAUCAGUUGUAAAAUAGAUAGUUAGUAUUGAUUCUAGGUGGUCAUAUUGGCCAUUCAAUCCUGUCUUGGCCAUAUUACCACAAACCCCCUAAAGGUGCCUUAUUGCUAUUAUAAACGGGUUACUAAUGUAAUUGGAGCUGUAAAAAUACAUGUUUUUGUCAUACCCGGUCUGAUAUAUCACGGUUGUCAGCCAAUCAGCAUUCAGGGCUCCAACCACCCAGUUUAUAAUGUCUGAUAUAUCACGGCUGUCAGCCAAUCAGCGUUCAGGGCUCCAACCACCCGGUUUAUAAUGUCUGAUAUAUCACGGCUGUCAGCCAAUCAGCGUUCAGGGCUCCAACCACCCGGUUUAUAAUGUCUGAUAUAUCACGGCUGUCAGCCAAUAAGCAUUCAGGGCUCCAACCACCCGGUUUAUAAUGUCUGAUAUAUCACGGCUGUCAGCCAAUAAGCAUUCAGGGCUCCAACCACCCGGUUUAUAAUGUCUGAUAUAUCACGGCUGUCAGCCAAUCAGCAUUCAGGGCUCCAACCACCCAGUUUAUAAUGUCUGAUAUAUCACGGCUGUCAGCCAAUCAAAAUGACAUGUCACAGAUUUGACCUGUGUGAAAUGAAGACGAUGGAAUAAAGAGUUUGAAUUGUUUUAAAUGGUAUUUGAAUAAAUGCAAUAAAACUGAAGUUUGGCCA